AUGGCUUCAUUUCAAGAAAAGGUUCAUGUUGUUGUGGGGAAGGACGUUCAGCAGGGCUCUGGGUUGAUAAGGUGGGCGAUAAGCAAGUGGUCCGACCAACCUGUCACAAUUGUCAUCCUCCAAGUCCUUAUUAAAUCUAAGGAUUUAAUUAACACUCCAAUUGGAGUUUUACCGAUCAGCUCGGUAAAUGAAGAGAUGCUGUGGGCUUUGAGAGCAAACGAGCAGGAGGCAGCCGAAAAGGACUUGAAAAAGUACAUGGCUUUGUGCUCACAGGUGAAAGUAGAUGUCAUGAGGAUCGAACGAUUUGAUGAACCACUCGAUGAGAUAAUCAUUGGUUUAAUUUCUGAUCUGGGAAUGAUGGAACUAGUGAUGAAUGUAACAGUGACGAAGUCAUUAGCAUGGAAAAACAAGUAUGACUUUAGUGUCGCCUAUUCUGUCCAUAAGCGUAAACCAGAGCAAUGUGAGCUAUUUGUAGUUUGCGGAGAGAAGUUAAUCUUCUUUAACCAUGAAAAAGGAUGUGUGGAAAAUGAAGAUGGAGUAGUUCUCGGUGAUCUCAGAAAGAUGUCAAAGGAAAAAAGAGGUUUAAAAGGUUUGCUAAGCAAGAAAUUUACUGAGGAUGUAGAAUGUAACAAUCACAGUGGGUGUUCAACUCAAGUAUCACCAAGUUCUAAGAGCUCGACAGACCCAUACGACGAAGUUGAGAAUUAUGUCUCCUAUUUGCAAACAUUGUAUAAUAACGAAGGAGACGAUCAAGAAAGGGAAGAAAACAACACUGUUAGCUUGACAUGCCAACACAGAGAAGGAACAACAGAAAAUGAGAUGGAAACCAUCAACCCACUGAGCAAACAAUUCUUGGAAACAAAGAUCGAGGAAACGGAGAAGAUGCUGGAGGAGAAGCGUAGAGAAGCAAAGGCCCAAGCUGAGAGACGCAGUAAAGCCGAGUGGGCGAUAUCCAUUUGCAAUCAAAAGGUAAUUAAUUAA